AUGGUCAGUAAAAAGGAGGAGAGUUCAGGAGCCAAUCAGCGGCAGGCGCGUGCUCGCCCACUCCACAAUGAAGAGGUGUGCAGCGCGCGCGCCUCACCCUCGUGCUCAUGUGUAGGAGGAGGAUUCAGGACACAUCCACACAUCCACAUAUUCACACAUACAUACGACCUGCUCGGACCUCCCGGGACCUAUCGGGACCAACAGGGACCAAUCGGGACCAACGGGGACCAACCGGGACCAGUCGGGACCACCAAACAGCGCGUGACAAACAACAGGAUGGACUCCAAGGAAGACUGUGUUCUACGGUCCCGCUGUCAAACCAUUCCUAAAAUGCCAUUUUUGUCUGACGGCAAUCACUCUAUAGACGAUGAUGAACCUCCAACAGAGCAUCUACAAAAUGGAGAAACCUACAUUAAAACAAAUGGGAAAAUUGAAGUUGAACAUGUAAUAAGCAAAAAAAUAGAGCUUAAAAGAAAGGCUGAGUUUUUGAAAAAUGACCUCAUGCGUCAGUUUGACAGCCAUGUCAAUGACUUUAUGGACAGUCUCAUUGAUGAAUCUACAAGUCUGGAACCUGCCCCAGUGUCCGCUGUCUUCUCCCCGCCGCUCUCCGACAAGGAACGGAACAAACUCGGACAUUUUCGCCCACCUCAUGGUCAGGGAAAACAGUUUGUGAGUCGGAGGUCUCUCUUGGACGAAUUGUUUGAGGUGAACCACAUUAGGACGAUUUACCACAUGUUCAUUGCUCUGCUCAUCCUCUUCAUCCUCAGUACUUUAGUAGUGGACUUCUUAGACGAAGGCAGAUUGGUUCUGGAUUUUGACCUGCUUGUGUAUGCAUUUGGGCAGUUUCCUUUGGUGGUCUCCACAUGGAUUUGCAUGUUCUUGUCCGUUCUUGUGGUGCCGUACUCCCUGUUCUACUUUUGGUCCCAGAGUCGGGCCGCUUCGCGCUUCAUCAUCAUAUUAGAACAGAUCCGCUUGAUUAUGAAAGUCCAUUCUUUUGUUCGAGAGAAUGUACCGAAAGUGUUAGCUUGGACCAAAGAUAAAGGGAGACCCAACAACCAGGUCCCGCAGGUUUCUCACUACCUUUACUUCUUAUUUGCACCUACUCUAAUCUAUCGAGACAAGUAUCCCAGGAAUCCGGUGACAAGAUGGGGCUACGUGGCCACAAAGUUUCUUCAGGUUCUAGGCAGUCUGUUUUACGCCUAUUAUGUCUUUGUACGGCUGUGUAUCCCACAAUUUCGCAGCAUCAGUUUGCAGUUCUUUGAUCUUCGAGCCAUGGUUCUUUGUGUCUUCAACUCAAUACUUCCAGGGGUACUGGUUCUGUUCUUAGGAUUCUUUGCCUUCCUUCAUUGUUGGCUAAAUGCGUUUGCUGAAAUGCUUUGUUUUGCUGACAGAAUGUUUUAUAAGGACUGGUGGAAUUCGACCUCUUUUGCCAAUUACUACCGCACUUGGAAUGUGGUAGUCCAUGACUGGCUCUACUACUACAUAUAUCGUGACCUUCUGUGGAUGUCACGGAAACGUUUUCGAGCAGGAGCCAUGCUUUUUGUCUUCACAGUAUCUGCUGUGGUCCACGAGUACAUCCUCGCGGUCUGCUUUGGGUUCUUCUAUCCGGUACUUUUUUGCCUUUUCAUGUGCUUUGGAAUGAUGUUUAAUUUUAUUCUUAAUGACCAAAGAAAAGGGCCCAUCUGGAACAUCAUCAUGUGGACAUCGCUGUUCCUGGGCCAGGGUGUAAUUAUCUGUCUUUACUCUCAGGAAUGGUAUGCCCAGAGUUAUUGCCCAUUGAAAGAGCCCUCCUUCUUUGAGUUAUUAAAGCCACGAUCAUGGAGCUGUGUGAGAGACAGAUCCAUGUGCUUGGGCGCAGGGGGGGCUGUGGAGCCCACACUUCUCUGCUCUGCGGUAAAGAUGGCGGCGGCAGAGGGGGCGCGGAGUGGCCGGACAACGCCAAAACCUCACUGA